UCCACAGGGUGGUAGUAGGGAGCAACGUUGACUGGUAAACGGGAUUCAUGAAAGAGAACAAGAAAGGUGCUAUGAACCGGAAGUGUUGACACCCAGCUCAAAUAGAAAGUAACACCAUAGAGCAAAAAUAAAGGCGAGUUCACCAAAGGUUUUCCAGAAUGAAGCGGUUCUGUCCCAACUCAGAUUCUUCUGGAAGUUGUGAAAAAAAGAUAAAAUUCUCCCAAUCUGAACUUCAGAUGCUGGUCAAAGAAGAAGUCCAAAAAGAAGUGAAAAAGAAUAAUGACAAGCUGGAGGUUUUAUCCAAAACUAUUCAGCAGCUUCAACGGGACGUUGAUUAUGAAGGGUCCAUCGAAAAACUUGAGGCACGUAUUGAGAAAAUCUCAAAGAAAGCAGAAAAAGCACUCACUGCCAUGAAGUCUAACAAAAAGUUUCAGAGUUUGCUGCCAUCUUUUCUAAAUGAUGAAGUCAUCACCAUAGAUUGUGACGAUGAAACCGUGCCACAGAAAAUAAACACGAGCAGAAGAAAUAAAAAAAGACAAGAAAAUAAGAAAAAUGUCUUGGACAAGGAUUUCAAUAUACAAAAACAAGCUAUAAUGAACGCCUUAGCCGACCUAUGUAGGACUCUGCCUCCUCCUACUCCUGAGAGCAAGCCUUUGACUACGCAGAGGAAAGAGGAAUCCGUAUCUCCCUGUCAGAGCAACAACCCCCAGAACACAAACCCACAGCAGAAAGAGCUUCCGUAUCCUCCCCUACCCAUGAACCCUUUCCCGUCCAACUUGGCCAUGGAGGCUUUGUCAUACAACGUCCCCCAAAAACUAGUCGUCCACCUGGCUCUCAUCAAGGAGCCUGUUAGCCUCUCAGUGAUGUGGAAUGGAGAAGAAAAAGCAGUCUCUCAACCACCAAUGGAGAGCUACAGCAUCUUCCUAACCACGGAAAAGGUCAAGGGAAGCGGAGUUUUCCCGGCAUGGAGACUUCUGGGGAAUGUGGUUGCCAAAUCUCUGCCUAUGUAUGUUUCCAUCAAGAAGUACAAAGCAGGGUACAAGUUGUGUGUCGCUGUGGUGGGCAAAGACAUUUAUGGCCGGUACGGACCCUACAGUGAAGUUGUAAGUGCACAUCUACCCGAAUAGACUCAGAUCCGGACCCAGAGGAGAUCAUGCAGUACCUAUUUCUGUUUUUUUAUUGAAGUAUUUAUUUUAUACAGUAUUUACCACUCGUGAGCCAUGCAGAGCCAUGCAUUUGUUGUGAAUGUUAUUUUUGUUUUAGGUUUUUUAUUUGUUUUAAACUGUUAUAAUAAAGGGAACUCUACUUUGAAUGAA